CCUUACCAUUACACUACUAACCACGCCUUCUCAUCAAUGCCCUUCUCCUUAUAAAACAUCUACUAAUCUACCUCACUUCUCAAUCAUUUCACAACCCUAAAAUUUUACUCACAUUUCUUCCAAACAAAACACACACACACACACACACACACACAAUGGAAGAGGCUUUGAGAAGGCUCAACGCCGCCCCAACCACCAAGCCAGCGGCGGCGGCGCCAAAGCGGUGCUCGGCCGCCAAGCGUCCACACAAGGACGCCGCCGCCCCCGGGGGAGGCGGCACCAACCUGCGGUACCGCGGGGUCCGGCGGCGGCCCUGGGGGCGGUACGCGGCGGAGAUCCGGGACCCGCAAUCGAAGGAGCGGCGGUGGCUGGGCACGUUCGACACGGCCGAGGAGGCGGCCUGCGCGUACGACUGCGCCGCACGCGCCAUGCGCGGCGUGAAGGCACGCACCAACUUCGUGUACCCGGCGUCCCCCUCUCACCUCCACCCGGCCUCCGAGAAUCUCCUCCCUUCCUUCACCUACGGGAAGCUAUCUCAGCCGCCCAUCCUCUCCUCCUCCUCACGCCAAUUCAUCUCUCCCACGCAGUUCGCCAACUCUAAUUUCGAUUUCACCAGAAAUUCCCUAAAUUCUCACCGAUUUCUCCUUCGCGAUUACAUCACCUCAUCAACUGCUAAAUAUCUGGACACCAAUUCCAAUUUCACUCUGAGCUCCGAUUUUUUGAGAAAUUCCUCCAAUUUCACCGGAUCUUCUUCCUCCUCCCUAUGCGCCACCGCUACCUCCGCCACCGUAGUCUCCGAAACCGCCUUCGCCGCCGCGCCGCUCAGCUUAGAAAACAUCGAGAACAAAAACGGCGAAGCUCUGUGGAAUGAGAAUAAUUGCAUGGAUUUUUUCCCAACUGAGAGGUCUGAUUCCGGCCUGUUGCAUGAAGUUCUCAACGGAUUUCUCCCAAAUUCAACGAAAAACGUAAUUAAGGAGGAUGAAUUUGCUAUUCCGGCGGAGGCGAGAGAGGGGGAAUAUUUAGGGUUUUCCGGUGAGUUUGGGAAAUUGAACAAUUGUUUUGGAUUUGUUGAGAGUGAAUUUGAGGGGUCGAUUAAUCAAACAAAUGGGAUUUUAUCAGAGAUUUUCAACUAUCAAGAGAGUGGGAAUCUGCAUGAAGCUAACAUGCAGAAUGCAUGAACUCAACCACCUGAAAUUGUUCUUCAAUUUCAUGGAAUAUUAUUGUCAAAUUCUGUGUAUUUAAUUUCUUGUUUAUGGACUAUAAACUAGUCUUUUCAUCUUCUGUCAAAUGUAAGAGUUUAAUUUAUUUGGUUGAUUAUAAGUCCACAUUUUAAAGUUA